ACCAGCAUGGCGUGUUGUCAUAUGCACGUGACCACCCUGCUUCUCUCAGAACUAACACGUGCGGAGCAUCUUGACUACUUCAGAAAAAUGUUUCAACCACUGCAGCAUCACACUCACUCACCCUACCAGACCAAUUCAACAAUUUCAAUUUAACUAGAAGAAAAAAAAGCUAGAAAAGAAAUAAGCUUUUAUAGAAACCCAGAGAGUAUUUUGCUGUUGGUUUUCAAUUCGCAAAAACAACAAAUUGAGAAAAAUGCAACAAGAAGCAAAUCCCAGAACGUUAAUGUUUGCCCUCGUGCUCACCAUGCUCAUCUCCUCUUGCUUGGUUCACUCGAGCAACUUAGCCAACUCUCCAUCACCUUCACUGGCUGUUGUUGGGAUGCCAAUGCCGAAUGAGCCGCCUCGACGGAUUGUUAAAAAGGGAAGGAGAGGGUCGUUUCCGGCUACUUGCCAUUUAAAGUGUAACCAGUGCGAGCCUUGCAUGCCAGUUCAAGUAUCAGUCCGAGCAAUGGCAUUGGUAGAGAACGAGUACUAUCCACAGGUGUGGAAAUGUUCCUGUGGUGAUAACAUAUUUUCCCCUUAGGCUAAGAUUUGUUGCAGCUGUAAUUAGGCCUAAGAUGGGUAUUCUCUAAACUAAUAGAAGAAAGUUUCAUGCACGCCUUGUUAUGUACGAAAAAUGCUUAUACUCAGGACAUAUGCAUGUAACAUUUCUCUUAUAAUAAUUGAUCAGGUAACCGACAUUC